UGACGCUUAGUCUUGCGUCGGCCUUCGCUCUCCGAGCAUCUCCCCGAGCACCGGCGCCGAGGAAUUCGCGUGUGAGCGCGGACAGUCGCCCGAAGUCGUUGGAGGGCACGUGCAGAGACGAACGUAUACACGUGUGCGUGCGAACGUGUGUGCGUGCACCGAAAUAUCUGGCACGAUUGCUUAAGUAGACUUUCACGCGCGGAAACUCAAACACGCCACCGGCAAACGACGUCUCGAGUAGCCCCAGUACGUGGCCCUUGAAGUUCGAAGUUUGGCGCUUGACUCUUCAUCGCACCGAGCUCUCGUUCCAUUUCUGUAAAAUCGUGCGAUUUCGGCGAAUAACUUCGUACCUCUCUAUGUGAACGCCAGUCAGCAAUUUGGCGCGUUUCACACGUGAUUGGUCUACGACGUACAUACGUCGAUCAUCGCUAUUUAUGCAUCGCGUUUGAGACCGUGAUCGUGACAAGAUUGCAAGAAACAUAGCAAGAUGUGGCUACUAAUAGUAUUUUGGGUACUGGUCAGUCUGAUCGCUUUAUGGAUUCUCUCGGAGCCUAUAGGUAUUAUUCUGGGCAUCUUGUGGGAAGUUUUCACGCCGAUAUUCGACAGGAAGCAGAUCGACUUUCGGACAACGUUCGGCGAAUGGGCGAUUGUCACUGGCUCGACCGACGGCAUCGGGAAAGCUUAUGCAAUAGAAUUAGCAAGGAGAGACUUGAACUUGAUUCUAAUCAGCAGAAAUAUGGAGAAGCUCGAAAAUACGAAGCGUGAAAUUCUGGAGAUAAAUCCGCAAAUCGAAGUGAAAAUUAUAGUGGCGGAUUUCAGCGAAGGAAAAAAUAUCUACAAUAAAAUUAAACUUCAACUGCAAGACAUACCCAUCGGUAUAUUAGUGAACAACGUAGGCAAAAUGUACGAUUAUCCUAUGUAUCUCGGAGAAGUGCCAGAGCAAGAUUUGUGGGACAUCAUCAACAUUAAUGUAGGUGCGACUACGUUAAUGACACGACUGGUUAUCGGCCAAAUGCAACAACGCGGACGAGGCGCGAUUGUCAACAUCUCUUCAGCGUCGUGCUUGUUGCCACUGCCGUUAUUCACGGUGUACGCUGCCACGAAGAUAUACAUGAAGAACUUCUCCGAGGCGGUCAGGAUGGAGUACUCCCGAUUCGGUAUAACCGUGCAACAUCUCUACCCGCUUUUCGUCACCACCAAAAUGAACAAUUACAGUCACAGAUUCAAGGCUAGCAGUUUUUUCGUACCUGACGCCACAACUUACGCGAGGAACGCUGUCGCCACUCUCGGAAAGAUAAACAAUAGUACCGGAUAUUGGGCUCAUAGCAUCCAGCAAUUCUGUAUUUUAGUACCUCCUGAGUGGAUUAGAACGAAAGCUAGUGAAUUAGUACCAAGCAUCCUCAGACAAGAUUAUUUUAAGUUACAAAAAAAGGACAAGAUUUAGCAGUAUUAUACAACUCACAACAUUUACGAAAAUGUAUCACUUUUCGACCAAUAAUAAAUUACUAUUGCUAAGUAGUUUUAUUACUAAUGGUUGAGGACUUUGAGUACUUAAAUUACGAGGUUGCUAGUGCUUCGGAGUAAUUCAAUGACUACGGCACACAGCGGCAGUGAUAAUUACUGAUGUAUUAUUAAAUAUUUGUAAUAAACGUUGAUAUAAACUAUU